CAUCUCAGCGGCAGGCUUAGAAAACGGGAAACUUGGCAUGUUUGUCUCUCCUUAAAGCCUGCAGAGUCUUUUCUCUCGUCGCCUUGCGUUCAUUGUUACAUUAGCUGUCUGUGUGAUUUACAUUAUGAGGGGAUUGGCGCGUUCUUUUAUCAAAGAACCAACUAGAGAGAAAAGCGCGUCAGCAGACAAACAGUAGGAGUGUGUGUUCCCAGCCAGCUGGAGGGUUAGUGCGCUGUGCGCACCGCCGCUACCUACGCACACAUUUGGAUUAGGACUAAUGAACUGGAGUUGAAUUAUCUUUACGGGACGCAUCGUUGUCUGGCUGCGGGAUUUUUCCGAUUUGACGCCUCUUGGGGCUGGAGACGAUGCAUGUCCGAGGAUUUUUAGCCUCUCUUUCCAAAUGCCCACUGCUUGUCUCUCUGAGGAUUUUGCUUCUUGUGCACGCAGGGUCUCCGGUCCACAGCCAGGGGGAUUCUCAGUCCGACAACAAAGUGAUGGACAAUAUCACUGUCCGAGAAGGAGAGACGGUCUUCCUCCGGUGUGAACAGGGAGACGUUGUCACACACACAGCAUGGCUAAACCGCUCCAGUAUACUUUAUGCCGGAGAAGACAAAUGGUCAGUUGAUCCCAGAGUGAGUCUUGUGACCCUUAACCAGGAGGAGUUUACCAUUAAAAUUGAAAACGUGGACAUGACGGAUGAAGGACAAUAUGUGUGUGCAGUCCAGACAAGCAGUCGGCCAAGAACAACCUCAGUACAUGUUCUUGUCCAAGUGCCUCCAAAAAUCAUCAAUUUUUCCCGGGAUAUUGUGGUAAAUGAAGGAUCUAAUGUUACCCUUGUAUGUCAAGCCAGUGGUAAACCAGAGCCUUCCAUCAGCUGGAAAUUUAUCUCCAAUUCAGGGGACCUGGCUUCAGAUGAUGAGCUUCUGGAAAUCUCAUCUAUCUCCAGACAGAGAGCAGGAGUGUACGAAUGCACAGCUGUCAAUGAAAUCGACACUGACGUACAGACUGUAGACAUCACUGUCAAUUAUGCUCCAAGCGUGUCAGAGGGCAGAGAUGCUGGCGUGACUCUGGGACAGAGGGGAGUGCUCGAGUGUGAGGCUGAUGCAGUGCCUGAAGCAGAUUUCGAGUGGUAUAAAGACAACAGAAGGAUCUUUAAUGGUUUCGAUGACAUGGAGAUUGUCAGCACUGGAUCCCUGUCAAAGCUGACCUUUUAUAAUGUGUCUGAUGGUGAUUAUGGGAACUACACAUGUGUUGCCAUCAACAAACUGGGCAGCUCAAACACAAGCUUCCUUAUGUAUGUGGUAAUUGAACCCACUAGCUCCACACUAUUGCAAGGACCAAGAGCAGUUCAGGAUGGCAGUGGUGGUGCGAAGGCAGUGAACUUUCACACCUGUCUCCUCUUCAUAGCGCUUUUGCCCUUCCUGCUACGUUUUUGAACAAGAUUGGAGUUGAAGACAAUUGUUUUGUGUGUGUGUGUGUGUGUGUGUGUGUGUGUGUGUGUGUGCGUGUGUGUGUGUGUGUGUGUCUGUCUGCACGCACGCGCCUGCGUCCGUGCAGACACACUUUUUCCCCACCAGAAACAUAAACUGAUGCACAGUGGAGAAUGUUGCAAAGCACUGAUUAUGACUUACUUAAUUUUGGUCAACUCUUUCCUCUUUCAACUGAACCUUUUAAAUUGUUUUCUCAAAAUGAUAUACAUUUGUGUUGCUCUCUGUGAAAUUUCUAAAAGUAACCUGUUAUUUGAAUGUUUAUCUUAUUCCAUUGUUUCUUUUAUUUUCAAUCACUUUGAAUAUUAAUCUCAACUGCAGCAAAAUGCAAGUUUACAGCUGGUAAGAAAGGUGAAUGAUGAAUACCUCAAAGUCAAAGUUAGAGAGUGAAACAGGAACAAGGGAGGUUACCGGAAGACUGGGAGCCUAGCAUUAUCAUAUUGUAUUAUAUUAUUCCGUCUACUUGUUGAAAUCAGAAAUGUUUUUGACUUUAAAGUAUUUUUUCUUCUCAGCGUUGUAAUAUUAUUAUUAUUAUUAUUAUAUAUUGGGAGUUGUGAAAUGCUAAUGUUUUUAUUUUCCAAGAAUAUUUAGUCUUGAAUAUGUUGAACAUGAGGUAAGAAAAUAUAAAGUUGUAAUUAUUGACAAAUAUAUCAUAGUUUCUUUGUCUUUGUUGACUUUUUUCCAGUAUGAUCUGUACACACAAGUGUUACGUAUAUGCAUAACAGUAUUAAGUAUUUAGAAAUGGUGACAGAGUUUAUCCCAUUUUUGUAAUGCAAAUUCAUGGAUGAUUCUUGUUUUUCCUCAUGCCAUUUAUAAAUAAUAUAAUUAUUUGAAAAAAAUAAAGUUAACCUACUUAAAAACAA